CUCAACUCGACCCUCAGACGAUCUGAUUCUGCAAAACAACAACAGCAAAGUUGGGCCUAUGAGCGAGGCUUGACCAACCGAACCCAUAUAACUGUGUGAGAUCCUCUGAGCUUUCCUUAGGCUGCGCCAAACACCACGAGCUUCUAUUUCGCUUCCCAAUGUUGUCGCCCUUUCCAUUCCUGUGAUCCCCUACCAACAAAUCCCAUCUCGCUCAGCUGUCGCGCGACACGAGAAAAGAAUUGAACAACAGAACUUUGGGAGAGGAAAUCAGUUUGAUUAGAAGAAUCUCUGGUUUUAGAAGGGAGGCCGAACUUGGGCUCUGGCCAGAAACAAAAACAUACUAAACGACAGAGACAUCGCAAACGCGAACAAGGGCGAUUCGCGGCGAGACCACGAGUACGAACUUCACAGGGGGCAAUAGAAAAUAGAACAAAAUGGCAUACGACCAAAACGCAUACCAACCGCCCCAGCGGCCAUACAAUGGUAGAGCAGCACAACGUCCUGGUCCCCAAGACUACAACCAAGCACCCCAGCAACAAUACCCUCCUCAACAAUACGCGCAGGACGGCUACGGUUAUGAUGACUACAAUAAUCAAGGCUACGCACAAGAAUAUGAUCAGGGCUACCAGGGUCAGAAUGAAGGUAGAAGAGGAAACGGUUACCCACCCCAGAAUCAGGGUUACCCACCACAACAAGAAUACUAUGGAAAUGACAGGGGAGGAAUGGCACCUCGAGGUGGAGGAAGAGGACCACCAAUGGGACGACCUCCUCCAGGAAAUAUGAGAGGGGGGUAUGGUGGUGAUCAAGGUAGAGGAUAUCCAAAUGGCGUGCAAAUGGGAAGAGGAGGCAGGCCUGGUCCUCCAGGGAGAGUAGCUACCUCUGAUCCAGGACGUAAGUGAUUAUUUUUUUAAAGCACUAUGAAGACUAACAAAAGUAAAGCCAAAAGGAUGGCCAGGAGGAAGCCUCUGAAGACUCCACCUAUAUCCCCCAAUGUAUUACCAAAUGAUAACCCUUUCCCAACUUUCCCAGGCUCCCAGAAGAAAACAUCGAUUUCAGAAGAACAGAAAAUAAUUCAGCAAAUGGCCUUAAUGGAAGUUGGUACACCUGCUCCGAAAGGACGACCGCGAGGACCUGGUAGCAAAGGCAGUCGAACCGAUGGUUAUGGACGCCCUUCAAUGGAUAGUCAGCGAAGAGCCGCACCUCCGGAUGAUUAUGGUCGUCCUAGUAUGGAAGGAAGAAGACCAGGACCUGAUGCCCGUGGACGACCAUCAGGGGAAAGCCAACGUAGCAUGACACGAGGUUACCCUCCCCAGCAACAAGGAGGUCCUCCAGGAAGAGCGCCUUCGGCUCAGGGAUAUCAACAGCCGCCACAAAAUGGGUACGCUGAGCCUGGGUAUGAUAAUCAAGACAACUUUGGAUCUCCUGGAAGAAGUAUGACAUUUCAAAAUGGACCUGGCCCUGGCGGAAGAGGAGGCCCACCAAGACCUUCAACGGCUGGAGGACAACGUUUACCACCUCAGAGACAAUACCCACCUCAAGGCAGCCCCCAUCAAGAUGGAUAUGGACGAGGGCGUGGACAACCUCCUCCAAUCGAUCCUUAUGCAGCUCCCCCCGGGCCAGUCCCUCAAAACUACUCUAGUCAUUCACAAAGUGAGAGUAUCAAUGAGUUUUACGACGCUUAUUAUGACUCUCCCGGCCAACAACAUGCGCAACCUAAUAUGCGUCGCCCUUCAACUGAUUCCGAGAUGCCAAAUUUUGAUGCUGUCCCAAACAACCCUGGAAACCACCGAAGAGGAACAUCAAUAGACGAACAUAUUCAAGCUCCACAACCAAAUGGCUUCGCUCCACAGCUAAAACCUGCCAAAUCUCAACCCGACUUUCGUAACCGAGCACAACCACAAGCAGCUGUAUUUGAUAUGGCGCCUCCUUUGCCAAACGCACAUCCACAACAAGGAUAUGACGAUGGCUAUGGAGGCGGUCAAGGAGGAUAUGACCAAUUCGGCCAAGGACCGCCGGGAGGUUAUGGUCAAUACAAUGAAGCCCCGAUACCACAACAGAACGGGUUUGUUCCACCACCACGAAGUGCCUCAGCAGCACCCCCAGGAGCCGGACGCGGUGGAUUUGGCGGUGGUCUUCCUGGAGGACCUCGACCUGGCCUUCCUCAAGGACCUGGUCCCGUUCGUGCCAAUACCAUGCAAAACGGGCCCCCACCUCCAGUUCGCGCCGGAUUAAUUCCCAAUUCUGUGGCUAGUUUGGCAGCCAACAAACCUACACCUGUUCGUAAUUAUAAUGGCAUGGCACCGCAGCCUUCUCCUGGUCAAGGACCGUCACCACAAGCAACUCCUGCAGCAGCAGGGCCACCUGCACCACCCUCUGUGACUGUAGCCGAGUUGGAACAACUUAGAGCAAAAACCAAGGCAAAUCCUGCUGAUCAAGCUACUGGAAUUAUCUACGCUAAAAAGUUGGUUGAAGCUUCUGAAGUCCUUGUACAAACAAUUCCUGACCAACGAGCUCGAGAUAAGGCCCGUGCAAAGUAUGUUAUGGAUGCUCAUAAGAUGCUGAAGAAACUUGUGGCCGCUCAAAACACCGAAGCCAUGUUUAUCCUUGCCGAUAGCUACGGUAAAGGUGCAUUGGGCUUGGAAACAGACAACAAGGAGGCUUUCACGCUCUAUCAAUCAGCAGCAAAGUCUGGUCACGCAGCAGCAGCAUACCGUACAGCAGUUUGUUGUGAACUCGGUAACGAUGAAGGAGGCGGAACCCGAAAAGAUCCUCUGAAAGCCAUUCAAUGGUAUAAGCGAGCUGCAACCCUUGGCGAUACACCUGCUAUGUACAAAAUGGGCAUGAUCCAACUCAAAGGACUCCUUGGUCAACCCAAAAACCCCCGCGAAGCCGUAGGUUGGCUCAAGCGAGCAGCCGAACGCGCCGACGCUGAAAAUCCCCACGCCCUCCACGAAUUAGGUCUCCUCUUCGAAGCGGAACAAAGUCCCGAAUCAUCCGUCAUGAGAGAUGAAAUGUAUUCAAUCCAACUCUUUAACCAAGCCGCUGAGCUGGGUUACAAGUUUUCACAGUUCCGUCUGGGAUGUGCGUAUGAAUACGGGCUCUUUGGGUGUCAGAUUGACCCGAGGAAGAGUAUUAUGUGGUAUUCGCGGGCAGCAGCUCAGGAAGAACACCAGAGUGAGCUGGCGCUUAGUGGGUGGUACCUUACAGGUUUCGAUGGGGUGUUGCAGCAGAGUGAUACGGAAGCCUAUCUUUGGGCCCGUAAGGCGGCUAUGGCUGGACUGGCGAAGGCGGAGUAUGCGAUGGGCUAUUUUACCGAGGUGGGAAUUGGGAGUCCGGCUAAUUUGGAGGAUGCUAAGAGGUGGUAUUGGAGGGCUGCUGGUAUGUUCUUUUAUCCCCUUUAUAUUCAUCAUCUUCUUUCAGGCAUUUGGGUUUGAACGGGAUACUAAUUUGUUUUUCCAGCACAAAAUUUCCCCAAGGCACGCGAACGUCUGGAGGAUCUGAAGAGAGGUGGUAAGAACGCUACCGCCAAGUCGCGAGAGAGAAUUUCCCGCUCCCAGAAGCAGGAGGGUGAUUGCGUUGUUAUGUGAGUUUGGGUUUGAUGAUGAGAUUUAAGACGAGAAACGUGAUUGUGAAUGUGAAUUCGAAUGGAGAUGAAUGGGGGCUGGUCCCAAUGUUGAGCGCG